AUGGACCAGCCACACGGCGGUGGCCUCAUCUCGCCGCCAGAGCUGUCUCCCAUGGAGCAGGAAAUCCUGGAAGAGUACGAGCGCCUAGCGACGAACAUGAAGACUCUGGCAACUCUGUUGGAUACUUUGGCGUCGAAUCCUACUGUCGGGAUAUUGGAUGGGCUGCGGGAGCUGGAGCGGAAGACGAGCUUGGCGUUUACGCUGCUGAAGGCGAGUGUGUAUAGCAUUGUGCUGCAGCAGGAGAUUGAUUGGGGGGCUGGU